GGGGGGAAACCCUCGCUGCCCAGCCGCUCUUCACCCACUAUAAAGCCCCACGUCCCGGUGAGCAGCAGUCAGAGCCCGGUUCGGAUCAUCCAGACCCGUCUCCAAGUGGAUUCCUCCCCGACCAGGAGACGCUUCUAAGAGACCAACAGGACUCCCUUCCGUCUUCUUUUUUCUCCUCUUUUACGGAUCGAAGCCAAAGCAGAUAUUCUGUCCAACAUGCCGGUGAACCGGAUGAGGAUGAGGCCGUGGAUCGAGCAGCAGAUCGAGUCCAACGCCAUCUCGGGCCUGAGUUGGAUGGACCGGGAUAAGACGAUGUUCUCCAUCCCCUGGAAGCACGCGGCUCGCCACGGCUGGGAGAUGGAGAAGGACGCCAGUCUGUUCAAACAGUGGGCCAUCCACACAGGUAAACACGUGGAGGGCCAGGCGCCCGACCCCAAGACCUGGAAAGCCAACUUCCGCUGCGCCAUGAACUCGCUGCCCGACAUCGAGGAGGUGAAAGACAAGAGCGUGAACAAAGGCCACCAGGCGGUGCGCGUCUUCAGGAUGCUGCCGGCCAGCCCCAAGUCCAGAGACAAACGACGCAAAGCGAAGCAAACGACGCCGAGGAGGAAGAGCUCAACGAUCAAGACGGAGGAAGACGAGUCGAUGCAGAAAGAAGCUUCGUCCACUCAGGAGAACACGGUGGACAGCACGGUGCCGACGGAGAAGCCAGACUUCUCCUUCGUGCCUCAGUCUGAAGUCCCCGACUUGGGUCUGUUGGUGGAGAUCGACUCCGGCUUCUCAAACAACUUCUGCCAGAGGUUCGAGGUUUCACCGGAGCACAGUUCAGAUAACGACUAUUUCGACGACAUCGACCAGAUUUAUCAGCAACCGGAGAAAGACUCGCUCUGGCUCAUGGGCAGCCUGGGCAGCCUGAGUACGAGUCCAGGCAGCCAGUGGAGCGAGUCGUCCUCAGUGGACGAGCUCGAGGAAACCCUGCAGUACACGACUCUGGGCACAGACAACCCGCCCACCACCGACGACAUAUGGAAGACCUUCUUCCAGUAGGCGGCCAUUAUGCCGGAGAUCUUCAUGGCCAAAGGACAGGAGAGUUCUUUUUUGACACUUUUGGACAUUAAACAAAGAGCUCAUCCUGCCCCCCCCCCCCCCCCCCCCCCCCCCCCCCCCCCCCCCCCCCCCCCCCCCCCCCCCCCCCCCCGAGUCCACCCAAAGACCCCCUAACCCUGUGUGCGACGUUGGGAAGAGCUCCGCUGGGUUGGAAGUCGGAGCUGCUCGUCCUGGAUGCUCUUGGCUGGUUCAAAGCACUCCUGAGGCUGGUGGGUUGUACUGAAAACGCUCAGGCAGAACAUGCACGGGAUCAUACUCAUAAUUAUGCAGAUAGGCUACGUAAUCAGCGCGCUCCACAUUUGACUAGUUAACAUGUAAAGUGUAAAUUCACAUUAUCAUUACUCUUUUUCCGUUACGUGCACAAGUAUGUUUUUAGUUUAGCAGCACGUCUUCACUUCUGGUAAAAAGCUCUACUUCAAAUCGUGCAGUUCUUUGCUUAAAGCAGUUUUAACUGAUGUCUGUAAAUAGCCUUUUUUUGGUUUGUAAAUAAAUCUGAAUGUGAAUGAA